AACCCCUCAAAUCGGAAAAAUAGUGUUUGGGAAUUAUAAUUAUUUAAUUCUCAGGUUUAAGAGUGUUUUUAAGACCCUAUUUUUUCCUAUACAACCAGCAUUCAUCAAAAAAGAAGUUUUUGGUUUUUUUUAAAUCAGUGGCGGAAACGCACCUUAGCUUUCAAAUGACAUCGUUAAAAAAUCGCUAGGGUUUCCUCGAUGAAGUGCUCAGGUGUGUUGACUGAUGAGCACCAAUCACAAACAGACAGGUGCUGAUGGAAAAAGGCAAGUCUUUGCCUGCUUCACAGAAACACACGGGCUGCUGGUGGGCGACAGCGUGGUUUCCUUUUGUCAUGUCGAGCAGUUUGGACUAAAUGCUCUCUCACACGGCUCACCGCUGAACUUGACAUCAGUGGGAAUAUGACAGAAGAAACUUAAUUCAGUGGAAGAUGAAUGUUUAACGAGUGCAUUCUGCCUGUGGUCUCAAUCCCCACCAUUUCCUGUAAAGACCAACAUCCUUGUUUGCUUCAAAAGAGUGCGCUGCUUCUAACAGAGCUGCUGUAAAAUGAAAAAGAAGUAUAUGAAAUUGCUCAUCGUAGCACUAGCUAGCAGCUUCUGUGUUGUCAUCGUCUUUCCCAAGCUAAAGGAUGUGGAACACGGCCAAAAAGACUUGGCCAGGAUCCCUUCGGUUCCAGCUUCCACGCCUAGAAAACUCACAACUGUAGUGAUAAGCACUAUCAAAAAGAAAACUAACAGUGCUCCGCUGAAUGAACUCCCGCCACUAACAAUCUCUCAGACUUUCAGGAAAGACAUUCCCAAAAACGGAGCCUACUGGAACCGGAAGCUCCAUUCUCUCCUACGGCAGUUCGACUCCAUCGACAACCAAACGGACAAAGACCCACGUGACAAGUUUCACUGCCAGCCUGAGAGUUUCGAGUUGCUAAAAACCAACAUUCAGGAUAUUCAGUCGUACCCUCCACUUUAUGGAGACUUCCUCCGAGGCAUGGAGUGUCGAGACCCACCGCUUCUCAUCGAUCAGCCCAAGAAGUGUGCAUCGGAUCAAAUUUUCCUACUUUUUGCGAUCAAAUCCAUUCCGAAGCACUUCGAGAGGCGCCAGGCGGUCCGAGAGACGUGGGGAAGAGAAGGCUUGUACGAAAACGGGCUUCGGGUACGAACUGUCUUUCUGUUGGGCCGAUCGUCUGCGGACGAUCCCAGUCUUGACAAACUGGUUUCAUUUGAAGCUCAGCAGUUUCAAGAUCUCCUCAUCUGGGAUUUUCAGGACUCCUUUUACAACCUGACCCUUAAGGAGCACGUUUUCUUCAAGUGGAUGCUUGAUAACUGUCCUCGCGUGUCUUUCGUUUUUAAGGGUGACGAUGAUGUUUUUGCUAACACUCAAGCGAUACUGAAACAUCUGCAGUCUUUGGAGCCAGAACAAGCCACAGCAUUGUACACCGGGCAGGUGAUUUCUGAUGCCAGCCCUUUACGGGACCCUAAAAUUAAAUACUAUGUUCCUCAGUCGUUCUAUGAAGGUCCUUACCCCCCUUACGCUGGUGGCGGUGGGUUUCUCUUUUCUGGAAGCCUUCUUCCGUCUCUUUACCAUGUUUCCUUUUACAUACCCUUUUUCCCAAUUGAUGAUGUCUACAAUGGGAUGUGCUUCAAGGCAAUUGGAAUCACUGCAAUGAAACAUGACGGUUUCAAGACCUUUGAUAUUCGGGAACAAGACCGAGAGAACCCAUGUGUGCACAAAGACCUGCUCCUGGUGCACCAGCGUAACCCUCAGCAGACCAUGAGACUAUGGAGAAAUAUGCACAGUGCAAUGCUGACCUGCUGAUGUUUGUAAAUUUAAGUGCCACUGAGUUCAGCUGUAGUGCUUCAUAAAACCAGUGUCAGAAAAGAAAAACCUGGGUACAUUUUGUAUUGGAGGCAACGUGGCACAAUGCUGUGCAUUAAAGGUACCUCUUAAGAGGCUCUGAAAGAAGACUGUUUUCUUUACUUGACAUAUUAAACUUGAAAGAAAAGUGGUGUCCAAUCUUCCCUGUGCUUAGUUGCACAAUACAUAAUAUAUAGUGAAUGUUUCUGUGCAACUGAGUGCAGAAAGCGUUUGAAUCAAACUCAUACUGGUUAUUCACGUUAAAAAUGUAUAACCCUCUUUUUGUUGGAUUUCAUGUGGCCCCCGAUUUUACUAAAUGACAGUGAACAGCACAAAUCUCAUGGAAUCUGAUCUUUUUGCUUCUGUUUUGGGCCACUUUCAUAUUCGCACUACGUCUGUGUGUCCUAAUCUGGAAUUUAGACCUUGUUGAUUUAAGGUGUCGUUCACUUGUGGCGUCUUUUGCGUUAUUUCGCAUUUAGCUGUGCGAUUUAAAUGCCCCAAGUGCGCUGUGGGUCAUGUGACAAGAAUCAACCAAUCAGCUUCACCCUUUUCUGUAACGACGUAAGUUUAGCCCAAAUAAAGCAGUAGUUGGUCAAAGGUGGGAAGCAGUAUUGCUUUAAAACUGUUUUUGUGAAAUGCAUUUAGCCAUUUUUUUUUCCGACUUGUUGUGACUACUGUUGUUCUGUGACCAUUUGUAUAUACGAAAGCCUUGUCUAGUGAUAAAUGAAAAAAAAUGUAAUAUGAGAUUAAUUUUUAUUUUUAUAUAUAUAUAUACUUUUUUUUUUUUUUUUUUUUUUUUUUUUUUCCCAAAACCUCCUGAGACCCACAGCUUUGCACAUUUUGCAUGUCUCCUAGUUUACACUCCUGUUUCAGGUCGUCAGCUCAUUAGGAAAGAGCUCCAUAAACUCAAAUGAAUGUGUCAGAUAAUGGAGACAUGCAAAAUGUGCAGAGAAGUGUUUACCUGCGUGAAUUAUAUUGAACUACACAAAUGGAAAAACGAUGUUAAGUUCUUUCGCGAGUGUUAUAACUGAAACGAGACGCAACACAGUGCAGUUUUUAUUUCCAGAUAUGGAGGAAGCGGGCACUGACAAAGGAAUGAGGAAGCUGUGUGAACCAGUCAUUAGUGUGACAUGAAUGGACAUGUACCGCUUUACGGUCCGCAUUCUUCAACACUUAUGAGAAUAGAUGUAUAGAAUGAAUAAAAAAAGAAUAGGUAAAAUA